AUGCUAUUAAAGGGUCACAAGUGGUCGGCCCUAUUGACCAAACAGGAGAACUCAAUCAUAAGUUCAUUAUUAGGGGAUGACUGCAGAACAUUAUCGACAACAUUAGUACAGAUAUUGGUGUCGAUGCAGCCCAACGACCAGCACUGGCACAUACAGGGCAUAGGUAUUGCAUGUCUGGUCACUGACGGGAACCACAACUACAUCCGUGUCUACGAUUUCGUUGAGAAACAACAACUCUUUGAACACAAACUGACAGAAGGAAUGGUAUACAACCGACCACUGGAUCUGUUCCACACAUUCGAGACGCCCGACCGCUUGAUUGGCCUUAAUUUUGCUGAUAAGUUAGAGGCCAUACAUUUCGGCGAUACUGUGCGCACACGACUGUCCCCUGAAGUGAAACUCAAGAGCAGUCAGUCCACGGAAUCCAUUAAUAGUAUUGGCGGUAGUCUUAAACGGUUGGCCGAUAAGGUGUACGGCUUUGUGGACAGGCGUGCG